AAAGUACACUUUGAUACGUGCAACAUAUCCUUCGUACCAUUUGGUUCUAGCGUUUGAGAAACAUUUCUCGAAUCAUUCAGAAUCUACUUCUUCAUAUCUCCUAGUCAUCGGGCUUUUCUUCAUUGGCAUCCACAUCAAAAACACGAAAACUAAAAUAAACAACAUUGACAUUAUCGAACUCAUUCGCUGAAGAGGAUAAUCGAUCAACUGAUCUCUACCGAAACCCGAUCAAAACAGUCAUCAACCUUUCCAACAAAAAUCAUGUGUCCAACAGAAAUCAAUGCUACCAAUGGCACCAAUGGUCACAAGGUGGAUGGCCUAACGAGCCCGAACCUCGAUUCUACUCAUGUGGCCAUUGAUGCCACUCCUGCAGCAGCCCCUCAGGAAUCACAUAAACAGUCAAACCCUUACGCUCCUCGAUACGCUGACUUCCUGAGUAACACGAGCAAUUUCUCUAUCAUUGAAUCUACUUUGAGAGAAGGGGAGCAGUUUGCAAAUGCUUUCUUCGAUACCGCUGCCAAGAUCAAAAUCGCUAAAGCACUUUCAGACUUUGGUGUUGAAUAUAUCGAACUCACUAGUCCAGCUGCAUCUGAACAAUCUCGUCAAGAUUGUGAAGCGAUUUGCAAACUAGGCUUAAAGAGUAAAAUCUUGACUCAUAUCCGAUGUCAUAUGGAUGACGCCAGGAUUGCGGUUGAAACAGGGGUGGACGGUGUGGAUGUGGUGAUCGGAACCUCAUCUUUCCUUCGUAAAUACUCACACGGAAAAGAUAUGACCUAUAUCUUAAAGUCUGCAAUUGAAGUCAUCGAGUUUGUCAAAUCGAAGGGCAUUGAAGUUCGAUUCUCAUCAGAAGAUAGUUUCCGAUCAGACUUGGUCGAUUUACUCAGCAUUUACAAGGCUGUGGACAAAGUCGGGGUUAACCGUGUGGGUAUCGCCGAUACAGUCGGAUGUGCUAAUCCUCGUCAGGUUUAUGACUUGGUGAGGACUUUGCGAGGUGUUGUUGGAUGUGACAUUGAGUGUCAUUUCCACGAUGAUACUGGAUGCUCUGUCGCCAAUGCUUUUUGUGCUCUCGAGGCUGGAGCCACACAUAUCGAUACCUCAGUUUUAGGAAUUGGUGAGCGAAACGGUAUCACUCCGCUCGGUGCAUUGAUUGCUAGGAUGUAUGUCGUGAACCCUGAGUACAUUAAGCAAAAGUACAACUUACCUGCUCUAAGAGAGCUUGAAAACAUUGUUGCAGAAGCUGUGGAAAUUCAAGUUCCAUUCAACAACUACAUCACAGGUUUCUGUGCAUUCACUCACAAAGCUGGUAUCCAUGCUAAAGCCAUCUUGGCUAACCCCAGCACUUAUGAGAUUUUGAAGCCUGAGGACUUUGGAAUGACAAGAUACGUACCUAUUGGACAUCGCCUAGUAGGAUGGAACGCCGUCAAGAGUCGAGUGGAACAACUCGAUCUUGAAUUGAGUGAUGAACAAGUCAAGGAUGUGACUGCCAAGUUAAAAGCAUUGGCCGAUGUACGAACACAGACGAACGAAGAUGUUGAUGUGUUACUUCGUGUUUAUCACAAGGCAAUCAAAGCUGGUACACUUGGUAUUGGUGAACAUAGUGCUUUAGAUGCACUUUUAGAACAACACAAAGGUCAAAAGAAUGGUACUACUGAAGAAUUGGAUGCACCAGCAAGUAAGAAAUCCAAAGUUGAAGGAGUGACUACUAAUGGUCAACAUUGAAUGUAGCGAAUCCAAAAAAAAACAACUUUGAAAUAAAUCAAAAAAAUCAACUUUUGGGAAAUCUGAACUUUUUGGAUUGUCAUUCAGCUUUGGUUUCAAAAAGUUUAUCAACUUUUUUCUUCAUCUUAAUAUCAUCCCGACGCCGUCAUCUUCUGAAUGCUUUAGUUUACAACCACAUUUCAAUUCUUACUAGUUUGAUGUAUCAAUUCAGUCUUUUUUUUUAUUUGAUUGUGUUUUCUCUCUUUCUUUGUUGCGUGAAAAAUGAUGAUAUCAGAAAAAAAAAUUGAUGCGAGUUGAUUUAUAUAUGUUGC